UUGUACAUACUUUAGUUCAAUUUUUUGUUGUGGUAGUGAUAUAAAAUUAUCUUGUCCUAUUUUCGAAAGUAUUCGUAUAAAGUUCUCAUCUUUUAUGUUUUAUUUUAAAUUUUAUUUCAGAGUCUUUUCUGUUUUAUUUUAAAUUUUAUUUCAGAGUGCAAAAUUAAUUUUUAUUAUAUCAGAUAGAAAUAUCCUAUAAAGUUUGUUUAUUAACGUAAAUUUUAAAAAUGCUACGGGUUACAAAUUAUAUUGGAUUGAAGUCUCGAAAUUUUAUCAAAAUCGUUAACUCGAACACCAGAUAUUUAGCAACACAAGCUGCUGUAAAAAAUGUAUCUGAAGAAAAAGCAGAAAAAAAUGUAGCUGAGUCAAAGUCUCAAUCUUUUGUUAGGAAUAUUUUCCUUGGUCAAUUAGAGACUAGUCAAAUAUUUCCAUAUCCAGAUGUUUUAAAUGAAGAACAAUAUGAUACAUUAAAAUUAUUUAUUGAUCCAGUGGAAAAAUUUUUUGAGAAAGUAAAUAAUCCAAUGAAAAAUGAUGAAAAUGCAUCAAUAGAUGAAAAAACUUCGCAAGCAAUGUGGGAACUUGGCGCAUUUUGUCUUCAAGUUCCUCAAAAAUAUGGUGGCAUGGGAUUAACUAAUACCCAGUAUAGUAGAUGUGUUGAAAUAUGUGGAUACCAUGAUUUAGGUAUUAGUAUCAUUUUAGGUGCACAUCAAAGUAUAGGAUUCAAGGGCAUACUUUUGUAUGGUACUCCAGAACAAAAAAAGAAAUAUCUUCCAAGAGUAUGCAAUGGAGAAUAUGCAGCAUUUUGCCUUACAGAGCCAAGCUGUGGUUCAGAUGCUGGUUCAGUUCGUUCUCGUGCAAUAAAGUCUGCAGAUGGUUCGCAUUAUAUCUUAAAUGGUAAUAAAAUUUGGAUAUCAAAUGGUGGUCUAGCAGAAAUAAUGACAGUUUUUGCACAAGUCCCUAUGCAAGAUCCAAAAACUGGUGAAACUAAGGACAGAGUUACAGCAUUUAUUGUUGAAAGAUCUUUUGGUGGAGUAACAAGUGGUCCACCAGAAAAAAAGAUGGGUAUUAAAUGUAGUAACACAGCAGAGGUAUAUUUUGAAAAUGUUAAAAUACCAGCAGAAAAUGUUAUAAAAGGCGAAGGACAAGGUUUCUCGGUUGCAAUGAAUGUUUUAAACAGUGGUCGAUUUGGUAUGGCCAGUGCACUUUCCGGGACUAUGCGUUACUGUAUUAAAAAAGCAGUUGAACAUGCAACACAACGAAUACAAUUUGGACGCACAAUAGAUUAUUACGGAAGUAUUCAGGAAAAAUUAGGUCGUAUGGCAAUGUUGCAUUAUGUAACUGAAAGUCUUGCAUAUUUAAUUGCGGGUAACAUGGAUAGCGGAAGUCAGGAUUAUUAUUUAGAAGCUGCAGUUUCUAAGUGUUUUGCAUCGGAAUCCGCAUGGUGGGUUUGUGACGAAGCUAUUCAAAUACUUGGUGGAAUGGGAUAUAUGAAAGAUACUGGUCUUGAACGAGUUAUGCGAGAUCUACGCAUUUUUAGAAUCUUUGAAGGAACCAAUGAUAUUCUCCGUAUUUUUGUUGUACUUUCUGGGCUUCAACAUGCAGGCAUUCAUUUGAAACAAAUAAUGUCAGCAUUUAAAAUCCCUACUAUCAAUUUAGGAUUGAUUUUUGAAGAAUUAAGUAAAAGAGCAAUGCGAACAAUUGGAUUGUCGUCAACGCGUAAUCUUACACAUUUAGUUCAUCCUAAUUUAAAUAAAAGUGCUGCAUUAUGUGCUAAGAGUAUAGAAACUUUUGGCCAAAGUAUAGAAGGUGCCAUUAUAAAAUAUGGACCACGCAACAUUGUAGAGCAACAAUUUGUUCUCAAUAGAUUAGCUCAAGCAGCGUUUGAUAUAUUUACUAUGACAACUGUAUUAAGCAGAGCAACUGCAUCUGCAAAUAAAAAACUUCCGAGUGUGGAACAUGAAUUUCUUAUGGCAGAAACUUGGUGUUCUGAAGCAUCAAAUCGUGUGAAUUUUAACUUGAAAUUUGAUAAACAAUUAAAUUUAUUUAAUAACUUAAGCAAAAUUUCAAAAAAUAUAUGUGAAGCCGGUGGAUGUGUUCAAUUAAACCCACUAGGUUUUUAAUAAUGUGAUCAAUUGUAAAAUAAUUAAUAUAAUAUAAAGUUAUUGAAAAUUUUUUGAUAUUUUUACAUAAAAGAGAUAAAUAAAUUGUUAUAAAAAUA